AUGCAGAAGGAAGGCAGACAGCGGGAGAAGGCGGAAGGUGAAAGAGAGUGGAACGUCGAAGAAAGGAAGGAAGAGAGGAAGAGUCGAAGGGAGAAGCAAGGAGCGAAGGAAGGAAGGAAGGGUAAGAAAAGGAUGGAGGAGAAGAAUCAACGGAGAGCCUGGGAGUCUGGAAAAGCUUGGAGAGCUUCGUGUUCGACGACGGUGCUGCUCGCUGGUGGUAGUGGUGGUGGUCGUGGUAGUGGUGGUGGUGGUAGUAGUGGUAGUAAUGGUGGUGGUGACGAUCAGGUCAUGGUGGAUGUUCGCACGGGAUGA